AUGGCAGGUCCUUCGACCUCGCUGCUCCCACCCGGCGUAUCGAAUCGCUCUCUCAAGCAGAUCGUCACAGAUCUCACYUCUCUAUAUGUCAAGAAUCGAACGCGCAUCUCACGAGCUGUGUACGCCGCGCUUGUGGUAGCUCUCAUCCAUCGAAUCCGAACGGCGAUCAAAGAGCAGAAAGCAGCGGCCGCGAGAGCCGUGGAGAAUCGGCGCAAGGGACAGACGGGUCGUGAAGAUGGGGGUAAGAAGAAGGUCGAGUUGAAUCGAGAGUUCUUUCGAAAUCUAGGACGAUUGUUGAAGAUUUGUAUACCUUCGUGGAAGAGCAAAGAGGCGAGGUUGUUGCUGAGCCAUUCGGUGUUUCUGGUGUUGCGGACGUUGCUUAGCUUGUAUGUCGCGGAGCUGGAUGGUCAACUGGUUAGUUCGCUGGUGAGAGGGAAGGGGAAAGCGUUCUUGAAAGGGCUCGUUUGGUGGCAGCUUGUGGCUAUUCCAGCAACAUUUACGAACAGCAUGCUUCAGUAUCAUCAGACGGGACUCUCUCUGGCAUAUCGAACUCGGUUGACGAAACAUAUACACGAUCUAUACCUUGGGAAUAUGACCUUCUACACACUCUCCGCACUGGACGACAGGAUCAAGAAUGCCGACCAACUAAUCACAGUCGAUGUUACCAAGUUCUCAAACAGCCUGGCGGAGCUAUACUCCAGCCUCUCCAAACCAGUCCUAGACCUCUUCAUCUACAACUGGAGUCUUUCUCGAAGCGUUGGUGGUGAAGGCCUCUUUGCCAUGGCCUUGCUUGUGCAAAUGAGCGCCAGUUUGAUGCGGGCAUUGACACCUCCAUUUGGGAAAUAUGUCGCAGAUGAGGCCAAGCUGGAGGGAGAGUUCAGAGCUGCCCACUCACGACUCAUCAACUUCAGCGAAGAGAUUGCACUGUACGACGGCCAUGAGGCAGAGAAGGACACAGUCGACAAAGGUUACUUCACCCUUAUCAGGCAUGUGAAUCGAAUACUACGAAGGCGCCUCUAUCAUGSGAUAAUGGAGGAGUUCACGGUCAAAUACGUGUGGGGAGCGCUUGGACUGUUGCUCUGUUCAGUGCCCGUGUUCUUCAACGGACCUAGUGCGACACCGGGCAGUGCGAGCGCUGGCGACCGCACUGAGAUGUUCAUUACAAACAGGCGACUUCUCCUUUCGUCCAGCGAUGCCUUUGGACGACUGAUGUUCUCAURCAAGGAGAUCUCAGAAUUAGCUGGCUACACAGCUCGAGUCACAAUGCUGCUAGAUGUCAUCGCGGACAUUCAACGAGGUCACUUCGAGAAGGCACUGGUAUCUUCUGCCUCGACAGAAGCCAAUGCUGCAGUCUUGAGUGGGCGUGGCGAGACGGAAGAAGGAGAAGACAUCAAGUUUGAUUCUGUCCCAAUCGUCUCUCCCAACGGGGACAUCCUAGUCCAAGCGCUAUCUUUCCACAUCAGCAAAGGCGACCAUCUCCUGAUUGUCGGUCCCAAUGGAUGCGGCAAGAGUAGUCUAUUCCGCAUCUUGGGUGGUCUCUGGCCAGUCUAUGGCGGCAUGGUCCGGAAGCCUCCAAGCGAAGACAUAUUCUACGUCCCGCAACGACCAUAUCUAAGUAAAGGGACGUUGAGGCAGCAAAUCCUCUACCCAGAUACCCUGCUGGAUAUGCGAGCCAAAGGUGUGACGGAUCAAGAAUUGUUCGACAUCAUGAAGAUUCUAAGUCUCGAGAGCCUACUCGAGCAAACCACUCCCAAAUCACAGCUCGACCUCACCGCAUCGCUGAAUGUAGAGCACGAAUGGGCGGAUGCCCUGAGCACUGGCUACCAACAACGCAUCGCAGCAGCCCGGCUUUUCUACCAUCGCCCCAAAUACGCAAUCUUGGAUGAGUGCACGUCUUCUCUGACUCCCGAGGUAGAGAGGAUCAUGUACGACGAAGCGAAGCGAUUGGGAAUCACCCUCAUGACUGUAUCACACCGACGAUCUCUAUGGUCAUAUCAUGGUUGGAUCUUACAGUUCAAUGGUCAGGGUGGAUAUGUCUUUGCGCCGCUAGAUGCGGAACAGAGAUUGAAACUUGAGGACGAGAAGGAGGAACUGGAGAUGCAGCUUAGAGCUGUGCCGGAGUGGGAGAAGAGGAUUGCUGAGCUUGAGGCUGGUGCGCAGACAUGA